ACAACACAAGAUUCCAAUCAGACUCAGGUGAAUUCUGUGACUAAGAUGUCCGUGACUGGACAUGAAUCAUCUGAUGCUGCCACGCAAGAGUUCAAGCCAGGAAACAAGCUGAGCGUUGAUCUCUCAGAGCAUGUGAUAGUCCUGCCUGCUGGUCCAUUUGAAAAAAAUAUCUCUGUGGCCAGUCCAACUGAAGUUGAUCUUACAUGCAAAUUAGAUGAGAAUUCCAAUUUGAAAAAUCCUCAAGUGACAUGGAAAAAGGGAAGUGAAACAAUCAGUCACACCAGUAAAGCUCCAAACAGCUGGACCAUCAAAGUGACCAUCUCAGAGAGCAGUCACCUGGGAAGUUACACUUGUUUUCUGAAGGCUGAAAAAGAACUCAGUGCUACAUUUCAUUUGCAUGUACCACCUAUUGAUGGAAGAGAAAAACCCGUAAUCGCUUAUAUAGGAGAUACAGGUGUAAUGGUUUGUAAAACCGAGCAUCAUCCCAGGGCUUGGAAGUGGUUUAUGAACAAUGGAACUGAGCUGGUUUCCAUUGAUAAGAUUUUGCCUAAAGACAAGUAUGAAAUUCUGAGCCGAUCUGCCAGUGAAAGCCGUUUGGAGAUACACAGGCUCACUGUGGCAGAUAGUGGUGAAUAUUGGUGUGAAGCUGAUUUUGUAUUAGGGCCCGGUAAAGCGAGGUUUGAAGUUAGAGUUCUGUCCGUCGCAGAACCUCUCAAACCCUUUAUAGCAGUUGUGGCUGAAGUUGCUAUUCUUGUAACUCUUAUUGGCCUCUAUGAAGUGUAUUCAAAGAAAAGGAAAGCAAAAGAAGGUGAAAAAGAAUUUGACCAAAUUGAGCAACUUAAAUCAGGAGACAACGUAACUGAGAAAGAUAAGUAGUUCUAUGCAGAGAGUGAAGGUUCCUUUAAAGGAGAUUUAAGCCAAUAGAAGUAGAAAUCAUCAUAAAGUUACAGAAGAUGUAUGCAGCCACUUAAACAUUCACUAUAUUUUGAAGUAAAAUCCUCUACAUUUGAGAAACAAGAUGUUUUCAAAAUAGCUCUGAAACUACUCAUUUUGUACUGACGAUAAUACGAUGUAUUGUAUUUAGAUGUUUAUCUGUACCACUUUACUACUAGCAGGGCAUUUUUUAUGUGAUUAGGCUCGCUGUUGGUUUAUGAUUGAUCUGUUUGAUUUUUAUCUCCCAAAUUGGAGCUAGUGUUGUAUUCAUUGAAAAAAUGGUCAAUAUAGAGUGGUUAUAUUAUCUGAGUGUUAUAAAACUGGAUAUGUACAAUCAAAAAAGUAUUCCACCAAAGAAAAUGCCUUUUACUAGCUGAUGAAGCAAAUGUGAUGCAGCUGUUUUUACCAAAGAAAUGGUGAAAGGGGAAUCUUUAUCAGGACUUAAAUGAAACAUUGAGAGAGUUGCAAUUGCUCUUAAUAGUAAAAUGUGUUCAUUCUAAUUUAUCUUAGCUUUAUUCUUAGUUCUACUAUAUUGUAGUCUUCAAUAGGCUAAACAUUCAGAUACCAUAUAGCUCAGAUAUUUCAGAGUUGAUGAAAGAAGUAUUGGGGAAACGGUACCUUCUCAGACUAAACCUGGAAUAAUUCCUAAUGCUUGAAAAACUUAACUGCACUCUGUGGGUCUGCAAAAUCAGUUUGGUUAUUAUAAUUUAUAUGGAGUGCUGAAUUUUCAGGAAUAUACCUGUAUAAGCUUCCAAUCAUACACUGUCUAGUUGGUACUUCUGCUUCUUUCAGCAAGCUGCUGUUUCUUACACUCCUUGCAAAGCACAGAGUGGGUCUUGAGCAGCUGAAAUUUUCAGGAUAAUAGGAUGAAGCAGCAUGAGUACAUACCACUACUACUCUGACACAAAAAAUUUAAUGCUGCUGUUAGUGACUUACAGUAUCUUAUGUGACUUACACACUUCAGAAGAGUGUGUUGCCAUAAUACUGUUUAGUUAUGCAUUCAGCAAUUGAAAAUGUUUAGCUAAUAAGAAGACAGUUGGUUGCAUCAGUUGUCUUUGCUUGAAGUAAUUGAAGCUUCAAUUUUGAGAGGAGGAAGUCUUCAGAAAAAUAUUUUUUCUCCAUAAAAAUGUAAGGAAAAAGGCAGCACUUGCAGACACCAUAAGAAAGUGAAAGAAAAAAAAAUACACAGUACUUCUUUGUAUUGGUCAUUUUUCUUUGAACA